UUUUCCUAAAUUCCUUGACUAGAACACGGAAGUAGGAUUGGAUACGAUUGUGUCACAGACAGAAGGGGAUUUAGUUAUACAUGUCUUUGACUUUGUUUUGAAUUCUCUGCGUGGAGUAACGAAAGAUCAACUGACUAAACUGAAGACUGAAAAUGUCUAAACUACAGUUGCUGCGUGUGUUUUUGAAUGAUCGUUUAACGGCGGCUGCUGCAGAGAUUUUCGGGGCAGUUGAGAAAACGGUAGUGGAGUACCAGGAGGAGAAUGAUCGGUUACGGAGAAUGCUGCGGAUCACACCGGAGGUACCACUAUGUAGAAUAGACUCCCUGCAGCUCUCUGUCUCUGAAGAGGAGGUUCCCCCUGAGCAGCAGCACUGUGAGCAGGAGUGGAGCCCCAGUCUGGAGCAGGAGUGGAGCCCCAGUCUGGGGCAGAAGGACCCAGGGCCCACACAGAUUAAAGAGGAAGAGGAGGAAGUCAGGACCAGUCAGGAGGAAGAACAGUUUCAAGGUCUGGAGCCUGAUAUCAUGGAGUUCAUAUUCACUCCUUCAGGUGUGAAAAGUGAAUGUGAUCAGGAGGACCCACUUCAGUCCUCGACUCUUCCCCAAACCCAGACUGUGGAGAACAGAGAGAGAGACUCUAAACCAGUGGAUCUCAAACCUUUUGCCACUGUGACCCACAUUAAGGGUCUUGACAUUCACUGUGACCCUACAGAUACACGACAUUUUGCCUUCAGCCACAGCUCAGCCGUAAGCAGAGACCCAGUAGGACUCGACAGCAGCCCACCAUUGCAUCCUAAACCACCAUUGGAUCCAAACCCACCAAUGGGGGAACACGGUUCCAAACUCAGCACCACGUCUAGAAAAACUCACCACUGCCGUGACUGUGGUGCAACGUUUCCUCUGAAAGCUGAACUGCAGAGGCACGUGACUCUUACCAAGAAUAUAAUCAGCGAAUGCCGCUUCUGCAAUAAACAAUACAAUUCCACCUGUAAAUUGAAGGCCCAUAUCCAACUCUGUCACAUUGAGAUAUCCUGCACAUGCCCUGUUUGUGGCAAGACCAUCAAACACAAAGGAGAUCUGUCCAGGCACAUGAGUAUUCACACAGGAGAGAAACCAUUUAGCUGUGGUGACUGUGGAAAAAGCUUCAAUCAGAAGGGGCACCUGAACUUGCACAUACUGAGUCACACAGGAGAGAAACCAUUUAACUGUGGUGACUGUGGGAAAUGCUUCUAUCAGAAGGGAGACCUAGGGAAUCAUAUGCUGACUCACACACAACAGAAACCAUUUAGCUGUGGUGACUGUGGGAAAAGCUUCUAUCAGAAGGGACACCUUACAGAUCAUAUACGGACUCACACAGGAGAGAAACCAUUUAGCUGUGGUGAUUGUGGGAAAAGCUUCAAUUUGAAGGGAAACCUAAGAAAGCAUAAACUGACUCACACAGGAGAGAAACCAUUUAGCUGUAGUGACUGUGGCAAAAGCUUCAGUCAAAAGACUAACCUACUGACGCAUGUCAAAAACAUCCACAAAGGAAGAAAACAGGAUGAAUAGGUGAAAGAAUAAAGAAAAUUAGGAUAAAGAUGUUCUGUCAGAAGAUAGGAAUAACAGGCAGGAUGUGGACAACACUCGUAGGAAAGGAAAGCUACUCUGGAUAAUUUAUGCGGUUGGUUCGAGAUCAAUAGAUGGUGGUGUGAUGGAUUUACUAUUGUAAAACAUUCUAUAUGAAUACAGUUUGAUUUGAAUUAUGAUGUAAUGCUUAAACAUUACACAGCAUUGUAGGAAGCUCACAGGUCUGCUGUUCACUCUGUUUUCACCUUAUUAGAAACAGGAAUUCCUGGUAAUUUGUUUUUCGAAUGUCUCUCAGGUGAUGAGAGAAUGGUCCGACUGAUGCCAUUGACACAUUAAAACGUUAAAACACUUUCUGUAAAAUAUCUCAUCAAACUAUUUCCCAUUGAUUUUUGACCAAAUCUUGCUCAUUCAUGAUAUUGAUUUCAGAUUGUAUGGAGUAAUGAUAUACAGUAGACUCCUGAUAAUUGAUUAAAAGCAUUCCAGGUGAAGCUGGUUGAGAGAAAAUAGUCAAAAUAAAGUACUAUAUAGUACCAGUCAACAGUUUGGACACACCUACUCAUUCAAGGGUUUUUCUUUAUUUGUACUAUUUUCUACAUUUUUACAUUUUCUACAAUAAUUUUCAUAUAGAUUUUUAAGGUUAAUAUAUAUUAAAAUCUAAAAGGAUGUAAUUCAACCAGACAGCGCCCUGAUAUCAUGGUAAAAGGCCACACUUCCCACAGUGAAUGGCGAGACCUGCUACACUAUGAAAACACACACCAUUACAGAGACUUUAAUAUUACCGCCAGCAAUUGAUAUGGUGAAACAAUGUGUGGGGAGGCAGACACACAGAAACUCACAUCAAUACCUUUGUCAAGAUAACACUGUUACACUAAGAAUUUAUGCUACCGAAUUAUGAUAAUAAUAUUACGUAUUGGAUCACUAAAAAAAUCUAACUUUAACAUUACCAUGUAGUUCACCAAUUAAAUGGUCUGAUGGUGAAGUGGACAUACUCUGUAUACAGAUCCCAAAAUAAAUACAUCUCACUACAAUACAUUUUAAUAGAAAGUUAGCAA